UCAUAUUGAUAGCCCUAUGUUUAAAAGGUCAUUGUCGAAAAAACCUUAAAUACAAACGUUGUUGGUUUGUGAAGGUAUUGUUAGUGUCUAGCUGUUACAGUUAAACAUGACUUUUUACGGAUUAAUAUGGGUGGCUGGUUUACUUGUGGUCACAGCGUCUGCUGUGACACAAGACUGGACCACCUAUCAGCCGAUGAGUCACUGUACAACACUAGAUGAGCACGGUUGUUACUCGUGUAAAAUGUGCUUAACUAAAGUAGCCGCUCCGUCGUGUGCAACAGCUCCACCCCCACAAGUCAAGAUUAUUCAUGAGCCAUGCAAUUGUGCUAAACAUGAAACGACAACGCCAUCGAUGACGACAACAACAACACAGCCGACGUCAACAACUUCUACACAGCCAACCACCACUACCACGAAGACGACAACGUCAACCACUCGGCCUACCACGACAACAACGACACCAACGACAACAACAGCAACCACUACGACUACUACAAAAGCAACAACAACAACAAAGAAGCCGACAACAACAGCAGCAGCCAAAGCAUCAUCCACAGCUAGCUCGUCAGGAAAUCAAAGUAAAUCACAGAGUGGAAACCAAGCAGGUUCACAAAACUCAUCUAGUAGUUGGACGAAAGGCCCACUGAUUGAGUACGAAUCGUCCACAACUGUAACAACGGAAGGGGAUAAAGAAACAACGGUCACCACAAACAUAACAAAAGCUGAUGGUGUCGAGGUGAACAGGACUAUUGAGACAACUGUGACCAGAAAAGGCCACGUCAUAGACCAAUAUAUGAAAGUUGUUGAUGGAAAUAAAAGUGCUGGUGGGUGGCACGGAGGUCACAACAGUUCCUCUUCAUCCUAUGGUGGAAACAGCUCCUCUAGUACAACUUCCACACACUCUAGCAGCCAGAGUACUUCCGGUCAUAACAGUACGGCAGGUUCCGGUGGACACCAUGGCGGCCAUUCUGGAAGCUCCAACAACUUCUCAAAUUCAAGCUCGUCAUCAUUAACCAGCAAGUCUCAAAAUUCUACAUCCGGCACGUCAGGAUCCAAUCAUACAUCAGGAACGUCCGGAAGUGGACACAACGGAACACACGGUAGUGGUCAACAAGGGUCAAACAAUACAGGGUCAAACUCCACAAGCUCAACAUCCCAUUCUUCGUCCUCGUCACAAAGUGGACAACACUCUGCCCAAAGUACUGCCGCCUCCACUGCUGGCAGUACAGCUAGUCACCGCCACCACACCACAAAACAACCCGCUACUACCGCUAAAUCUGCUGCCAGCACUGCUAGUCACCACCAUCACACUACAAAGCAACCCGCAACCACCGCUAAAUCUGCAAGUCAUUCUUCCGGCAGUAACCAAUCCGGAAGUCAUUCUUCGUCAAGUAGCACCAGUAACCAGACCAGCAAUCAAUCUACGUCAUCAUUUACAACGAAGAGAACGCAUCAUCACAAUAAUAACCAUCAUCGUACAACUAAGGCGGCAAAGGUCGCAACAACACAUAAACCAACUAUUACACAUAAACCAACAACUCACAAACCUACAACACAAAAACCUACUACCACACACAAAGCUAGAACACAUAAACCCACUACCACACACAAACCAACAACACAAAAACCAACCACUACAACUACAAAAGCAACAACAACAACAACAACAACAAAACCAACGACUACGCAUGCGCCUACCACAAAGAAAUCUAGCUCCUCCCAUUCCAGUUCCUCCCACUCUAGCUCCUCCCAUCAGACUGGUUCACACUCCUCCAGCACACACCAGUCGGGAUCGCAGCAGUCCGGGCAGCAGUCGAACAAUUCUAGCUCCAGCCAACACAUGACAAAUCCAACAGCGCCGCCGCACAUGACAAAACCGACAGCGCCACAACACAUGACAAAACCGACAGCACCACCGCACAUGACAAAUCCAACAGCACCCGCGCACAUGACAAAUCCAACAGCACCCGCGCACAUGACAAAACCAACUGUUGUAUCAGUAUCAACCACACAGGGACCGACAACUACAACAACUGCUCAGGGCCCUACAACUACAUGGGAUGGUAUUUGUCCUGAUUUCCCAGCGGACUGUCCGGCAACAAAUGGAUGUGCAACAUUCGACGCAAACUGGUGUCCAAUCUGUACAUGUCCAACUGGCAAGAAAUAAACAACUCUAAGCGACGUAAAGUGUACAAGACUUUGAAAAAACAUGUCACGACAUUUGCCUUUUUCCUCAUUUCCUGUAUAUGGCCAGAUAUAUAUAUUUACCAAUAUCUCUGACAUGACAGAGUAUUUAGUUGUUUAAUUUGUUAAAUAAAUCAUGGAGUGUUAUCAA